GGUGACCUAAUGGCUGGUUGCUCCGUAAGCUCCUCUACAACAGCUUGCCGAGCUGAUGAAAGCAUUAAGACCAGAAUACCUCAACGAGCCAUCCUCGGACACCAUCUCAACCAUCCCCGAUUAUCUCUGCGCACAUUACUGAUCUCUCGACCUCACUUUCCACAGUUUCUUUCUUGGAUCGUUUCCGUCGGAUCAUUGGUGUAAUCUCACAAUGAACGGCGCUAGUGACCCAGAGAGAGAGCAGGCGCUCGAAGACUACAAGAAGAGCCUGCUAGAGCUCCGAGAAUGGGAAGCCAAGCUCAAAUCACUCCGAAUGGGAAUUAAGGACUUGCAAAGAGAGUUUGACAUCUCGGAGGAAAAUAUCAAGGCCCUACAGAGUGUGGGCCAGAUCAUCGGUGAAGUGUUGAAGCAACUGGACGAGGAGAGAUUCAUUGUCAAGGCAUCAUCCGGUCCUCGUUAUGUCGUCGGUUGCCGUUCAAAGGUCGAUAAGUCGAAACUGAAACAAGGGACUCGCGUCGCUCUCGAUAUGACAACCCUGACUAUCAUGCGGAUGUUGCCACGGGAGGUCGACCCGCUAGUAUACAACAUGUCUUUAGAGGACCCCGGACAAGUCAACUUUGCCGGUAUCGGUGGUUUGAACGAACAAAUCCGAGAGUUACGAGAAGUUAUCGAAUUGCCGCUCAAAAAUCCCGAACUUUUCCACCGAGUUGGUAUUAAACCGCCCAAGGGUGUCCUUCUUUACGGACCCCCUGGUACAGGAAAGACACUGCUGGCACGUGCUGUGGCAAGCUCGAUGGAGACCAACUUCUUGAAGGUUGUUUCAUCUGCUAUUGUCGACAAGUAUAUCGGUGAGUCUGCACGGUUAAUAAGAGAAAUGUUCGGGUACGCCAAGGAGCAUGAGCCUUGUAUUAUCUUCAUGGAUGAAAUCGAUGCCAUCGGCGGUCGACGAUUCUCCGAGGGUACAUCCGCCGAUCGAGAGAUCCAACGGACGUUGAUGGAGCUCCUUAACCAACUGGAUGGAUUCGAUUACCUCGGAAAGACGAAGAUCAUCAUGGCCACGAACAGACCCGAUACUCUUGACCCGGCUCUGCUGCGAGCCGGUCGCCUGGAUCGGAAAAUCGAGAUCCCUUUGCCCAAUGAAGUUGGUCGCUUGGAGAUCUUAAAGAUCCACUCUAGUACUGUACAACUCGAGGGUGACAUUGAUUUUGAGAGUGUCGUAAAGAUGAGUGACGGUCUUAACGGAGCAGAUCUGCGCAAUGUUGUGACAGAAGCGGGUCUAUUUGCUAUUAAAGACUAUCGGGACGCUAUUAACCAGGAUGACUUCAAUCGGGCGGUGCGCAAGGUGGCGGAAGCUAAGAAGCUGGAAGGCAAGCUAGAGUACCAGAAGCUUUAGUUCAAUAGACGUCCGUGGAGGUGAUAAUACAGAGAUAGUCAUGUUUAGAUAAUAUGCAAUUGGUCCCACGAUUAUGUUCCCUUGAGUGAUUACUCUCCUCGUAGUUUCUUGUGGAAGGCUAGUAAAACCGAGAGAAAGGACAGUAUC